UGAUGAUGAAUUCCUGUCUCAGCUCAUUAAUCUCACAUCCAAUUCCAACUUCUGGGGAAUAGCACAUAUUCAUUAUUACUAUUUUGAGCCGACUCCAGGUCUAAGCUUAUCGGCUUUCUUCAGCAUGCUUCGUCGCAGUCAUAAAAAGUCCAAGAAGGGAUGUCUGCAAUGGUAAGUAGAAAUGGCAACGGAACCUUCAAGAUCGUGGAACAUAAACUGAUACCGUCUGAUCAGCAAACGACGUCAUGUAAAGUGCGAUGAAGGCCGCCCAACAUGUCUCCUCUGCACAAUGUCAAACCGAGACUGCAGUUUCGCCUCCGACCCCCAACCACCCCCUCAAGACACAAACUCAGACGUAUCAUCUCGCGAAGGAUCACUCCCCAGCCCCGACAACAAUCUUAGAUCCACAAGUGCAACAUCCCUAUCCGACAGCCAUGAAACAUCUUUUAACAGCGUCGUCAACAUGGAACAUAUGGAACUCUUCAUCCAUGGGAUAACAAACAAAGACUUGUUUAGUCUUGGUGACAGAGUUGAGCAUUCUCAAGAGACGCUUAAUAUCUGUCUUAAAGAGAGCGUUAAGGCGCCGUAUCUCUUACAUCAGGUGUUGGCGUUUUCUGCUCGCCAUCUGGCGGCUAUUCACCCUGAGCGGCCAACAAGGUACCUGGAUCAAGCUGUAAAGUUACAGACACGGGCUGUCUCACUGUUCAAUUCGACGAAACGGGAGGUUGAUUUAUCGAACUGUCUCGCUAUUCUCCUGUUCUCAGUUACUCUUGGCCAUCAUCUCCUCGCCGAUGCCUUGGCAACCCGAAGCUCCGACGGUCUUGACGGGUUUCUUACCCACUAUGUUCAGUGUGUCGAGAUGAAUUGGGGGUUGUACCGCUUAACACUCUCCGCAUGGCCUUUACUCCUUAGCACGGAGCUCGAACCAGUUCUAUCAUGGAGUAGUCAGCAAUCAUCCAAAGACCCGAUCGGAAACCAUUGCGAACCCAUAAUCCAGCUCAUCAACGAGUCAAAAGCGUUAUCAAAUGAGGAGAAAGAAGUCUGUCACGAAGCAAUACAAUACCUCCAGCUCGGUUUCGAUGCCAUGUUCGAAGGGGACGAUGGCAGUCGAUAUCGCAUGAUAUUUCAGUGGACGAUGCUAGCGUCUCCAGAGCUGACAGGCUUGUUAGCUACAAAACGACCCGAAGCCCUGAUCCUUCUGGGUUAUUACGCUUUGUUAUUGUAUUAUGGACGAAGUCUCUGGCAGGUUGGAGAUACAGGGGAAUAUCUGCUAGGUCUCAUCGUGGACUAUCUUGCCCCAGAGUGGCAUAUCUGGCUCGAGUACCCACGGCGAAUGAUGAGACAAAGUUGAGAUUGUACAUCCAUUCUAAUAGAAGCUGCUUGUUUUGUUCAUGAGUGGGUACAUCAAAGUGCCAUGCCCUGAGGUGACAGAUCUCCACAUACUACACCAUACCUCAACAGGAAGAUCCACACAACUUCAACCCUAAAAAAAAGAAUACGAGAAAAAAAAGAAUGAGGCACACCGGAUUUGAACCGAUAACCUUCAGGAAUCUCCGUGCUUAAUAGCUGGAAUCUGACGCGCUACCGUUGCGCCAGCGCCC